AUGAACGAAAUAGAAAAUGAGAGUCCAAUUUUGGAGAAUGAGCUCGUAUCUAAAUAUGAAAAAGAAUUGAGUACAGAACAAGAAGAAGAUGGGCCUAUGAUCCUUACGCAGUUGAAUGAAGACGGCACCACUUCUAAUUAUUUUGAUAAAAGGAAGCUUAAGAUUGCCCCUAGAUCAACGUUACAGUUCAAAGUGGGUCCACCAUUUGAAUUGGUUCGGGACUAUUGUUCAGUAGUAGACUCUCAAAGUGGAAAGGAAUUGCAAUUGCGGAUUAUUCCAAGAAUCGACAGAGGAUUCGACCAUAUUGAUGAAGAAUGGGUAGGUUAUAAAAGAAAUUACUUUACUCUAGUAUCCACGUUUGAAACAGUUAAUUGUGACUCAGAUUCAUUUUUAAAGGGUGUUUUUGACCUGCAGUUUGAAGAUUCUUCGUUAGACGACAAAGUAAGAGUGCAGUAUUUUGCGAUCAAGAUAAGAGCUAAGAAUGACGAUGACGACACAGAAAUUAAUCUUGUUCAACACACAGCUAAACGUGAUAAAGGACCACAAUUUUGUCCCUCUGUAUGCCCCUUAAUUCCUUCCCCUUUACCAAAACAUCAAAUUAUUAGAGAGGCGUCGAAUGUUCGAAAUAUUGCUAAAAUGAAGAAAUAUGAUUCUACUUUUUAUUUGCACAGAGAUCAAGUUGAUUAUGAAGAAUACGGAGUCGAUUCUUUAUUAUUUUCUUACCCAGAAAAUUCUAUUCAAAAGGUUGCCCGUUAUGAAAGAGUUCAAUUUGCUUCUUCAAUUAGUGUGAAGAAACCAUCCCAACAAAAUAAGCAUUUUAGUUUACAUGUAAUAUUAGGUGCAGUUGUAGAUCCAGAUAGCUUCCGUAAUGUUAAACCCGGAAUUCCUUACGAUGAAUUGGCCUUGAAAAAUGGAUCAAAAGGAGUAUUUGUAUAUUUGCAAGAAAUGAAAACACCCCCUCUAAUUAUUAGAGGAAGAUCUCCGUCUAAUUAUGCGUCAUCUCAACGAAUAACAGUAAGGACUCCCUCGAGUGUUAAUUCUUCUCAAAACAACACUAAAAAAAGAAUGGCCUCAACAACACCUCAGCCAUUGAAAGAAAGCUGCUUAAAUGCAAGACCCGCGAAGAGGCGAUCCAAAGUAACGGUAGAUGUAUUGAACUCAGGUAUAUCUAGCUCGCCGAUUAAAUCGCGGCAAUCAACUCCAGAAGAAGCUUCAAAGGAAAACGAGGAUCCGUUCAUUAGGCCAAGAAGAAGGGUAGAAACUCUUGAACAUAUCGAAAAUAAAUUGGGUGGCUUGAAAACUCAAUAUCCAGAUUCCUCUUUAAAAUAUCCGAGCUCCUCUUCAAGGGAUGUAGAAGAAGCUCUAGAAAAUGAAGAUUUGGCAUAUUCGAGCAGUAUUUCUGUUAAUAUGAAGCAAAUUGAACUAAAACCAGCAUACACCUUUGAACAUGAAAACGUUUUUAGAGUUGGUUCGCUAGCAUUCAAAAAAAUCAGUCAACUACCGCAUGAAAAAUACGAUAUUACAAAAGAAAAAAAAUGUAUCGAGCAGAAUUAUUCAAGAAUCGAGGUAUAUUCACGAUCUGAGUGCAAAACUAGCUCUGGGAACGAACUCUCUCUUCCAAAUAUCUCCUUUUCGAUAUUACCUAACUCAGCAGAAAAUUUCCAUUUGGAAACUGCACUUCUUCCAGCAAUGGAAGAGGACGUACCAAGGACCUUUUCAAGAAUACUAGAAACAGGUUCAUUUCAAAAUUAUUAUCAAAGAAUGGAAGCAGAAAACGUGGAUCGACUAUGUUCUAAAGGUGUCAAGUUAGUAGCGAGUGGUACUCUACCAUCUCGUAUAUUUACUAGCGAAGAAUUAUUUGAAGAAGAUAGUUUCUAUAAGCAUUAA